GUUCCCACUUCCUGACUGUUCUCGCUACCCGCGUGUAGGUGGCACUGUGGCGGGCGGCGCUGCGGGACCCUGGCACCACAGAGGAAAAGCUGCAUUUUGUCCUGGAAGAAAACAUCACUCAGACAGCAGCUGCGGGUGAUGGAGUUCCCCCAGCAUUCCCAGCAGCUGCUGUCAGCUCUGCGUUCCCAGCGCCAGCGGGGCUUCCUCUGUGACUGCUCCGUCCUGGUGGGCUCAUCCCAUUUCCUGGCUCACAGGGCUGUUUUGGCCUCCUGCUCGCCUUUCUUCCACAUGUUCUACUCCGACUCUCCAGGGCUCAGUAGUGGAAACGGCACCAGCAGCUCUGUCACACUCGACAGCGACAUUGUCACAGCUGCUGCAUUUGGCUUGCUCUUGGACUUUGUCUAUGAAGGCGUGCUGCAGCUGGACGAAUCUCCACCGGUGGAGGACAUAUUGGCGGCUGCAAGCUUUCUGCAUAUGAAUGAGGUGGUGAGAGUGUGCAAGAAACGACUGCAGAGACGAGGGCCUCUGGCUGAAGCAGACAGCACUCGCUCUGAAGAGAGCACUGGUGCCAGGAAGUCAAUAGAGACAGGGAGGGAGGGUGGGGGUGACGGUGGAGCUGAGCAUGUGGUGGCCAUGGCAGGAGAUCACUUGAAUCCAGUCGCCACGGCAGCGCCUCACUUAUCAGUAUCUGUAACGGCAGAGAGGAGUCAGUUGGAGUGUGUGAAGUCUGAGCGGAGGACUUGUAGGGGGUCAUCGGAGGCACGAGUUCAGAAUCCUCUGAGCCCUAACCUCGCUGAUACCACGCAGCCAGGCAUGGAUGCCCCUCCUCUGCCCCCGGGCGGAGAGCUGGUGCAGGGCCUCAUCGCAGGCCCAUCUGCCCCUGCCUCGGGAGGUCACGCCAGGUUUAUAUUGACUGGAGGUCAGGGAGAGGGGUCGGCACUCUGCAGCCCUUGCAGCACCACUGAGACAUACAGCCACAGCAGUAACCAGCAGCCCUCCUCGUCUUCCUCCUCCCUGGUGCCAGUGAGCCAGGCUAGUGGUCGGUCAGUGGUUGCUCUUUCCCAGUCAGAAUCCAGCCUCUCCCCCAGCCCCCAUCAGGACGUACCCCGACUACCCCGUGAUGACUCUGUUAGGAACCCCUCAGAGACUCACCACAGAGGAAGACAACAGAUGGUCAUGUUAAUCCAAACAUCAGCACCAACCUCACACUUAGAAACAAACCCAACACACUCGCCGCCACAGCGUGCGCUUCCCCAGAUUCGAAUCCAGAGCGCUGUGUCACUCCAACGCCAAAGCUUGGACUUCCACUCUGCUCCUCAGACCCAAACCCUUAGGGGACCUGCAGGGGAUACAGGAGCUUCACCCGCUACUAGAAAUGAAAGAUCUCAUCCUCUUGUAGGCAGAGUGAGGACAGACGACAAUGAUGGAGAGAAUGUGAAAGUCAAAGUGGAGGCCAUUGUCAUAUCUGACGAAGAGCUAGAGGAGGAGAGAGAGGGAAGCAACGAGAGAGAACCAGUGAUGGAAGUAGACAAUGAGUUUGAAGAUGACAUCCAAGAAGAGGAGCUGAACAGCCCUCAGUUUCUCUCCUCCCACCCACAGGGCCUCUUACAAAUGACUACCCAUUCAAAUGACUACUCCUUCCCCCUCUCUCCCUCCUCCUCCUCCUCCGGUGCCGGCCCUUCCUCCCAGGACACUUCCUCCUUCACUGCCUCCCUAAUUCAUCCGUCCGCAGCUCAGCAUCAUUCAGACCCUCCUGCCUACUUCCAGGACUUCCAGGACUCUAUGGGGAACUUUGUGGAGGACGUCCCCACAUGUGGAGUCUGUGGAAAGACUUUCUCAUGUACAUACACGCUAAGGCGCCACGCCAUCGUGCACACACGCGAACGUCCUUAUGAGUGCCGCUACUGCUACCGGAGCUACACACAAUCAGGCGACCUGUACCGACACAUUCGCAAAGCUCAUGACCACACACUGCCGGCCAAACGCAGCAAGGCAGACAUGGAGCCCUCCCUGCCGCCACAACCACCACCACCACCACCACCUCCUCCUCCUCCUCUUAGCUAACACACACACAGACAAUUGUAUUUCUAUAUUUAUACACACCUAUCUAAACUUAAACCUAAUAUCCUAAUCUAAUUCUACUUUAAACCUAAAUCCAGUAGGGCUGCAACAAACGAUUAUUUUCAUUAUCAGUUAAUCUGUCGAUGAAUUGAUUGAUUGUUUGGUCUAUAAAAUUUCCCAAAGCCUGAGGUGACAUCUUCAAAUGUCUUGUUUUGACCAACAGUUCAAAACUCAAAAAUAUUCAGUUUACUAUCAUAGAAGACUAAAGGAACCAGAAAAUAUUCUUAGGUCUUUAAAAUCUUACAUUUUCUGAAAUUCAACAUUAGGAAUAUCAUGACUAUAUUAUGGUCUUCAUUUUAGGCGUUUUUAGACAUUUAAUCUGAUUUUAUUUAUUCAUUUAUAGUGUUUUUCAUAAUUAAACACGACCCAAACCAACCUAAUGCUUACCUCGAUAGUUGCAUACUUUACUUACACUUUCAUACUUCACUACAUACUUACAUAUGACACUUCCCUGAUAGAAUAAGGCAUAUACUAGCUUUUUAAAAAUUAAUUAUGCAAAAAAAUGUAAGCCCUGUAUGUAAAGCCCUCUCAAUAAGUAGCUUCUCCGUUGGGCCCUUUUUAAAGACAAUGGCACGAUUGCCACUAGUUGUGCCACCCCUCGACUUAAACCAUCCUGCUCAAUUUAUCCAAAUAUUGUCUUAAUAUGUGUGUGUGUGUGAAUGUGUGUGUGUGUGUGUGUGUGUGUGUGUGUGUGUGUGUAAGAACUCAUACACACAGUAAGAGUAAACACCAGCGGUGUGGCAGUGAUAUCAAAAUUUAAGAGGCAUUUUACAGUUUAGGUUUGUAAUUUUUUAAUAUCAUUAUUCAUACAUUUGUAUGGGUAUAAAAUAGGGUUGCACAAUUAAUCAAAAUAUUAUCAAAAUCGAAGUGCACUAUCCAAAUCGCAGAAGCUGCAAUUUUUUGAUAAAGGUAAAAUGUGUGACAAAACUGCAUUAUAAUGAAGUACUGUAGUGCUGCAGAGAUGCCUUGGCCUACAAAUCUUGUUCUCCAGAUGUAAGAAAACAUGUUUGUUUGAUACAGACCCCAACAAAUGUCACAUCAUCGGGAUUUUAAUAGUUUUUUCAGUGAAAAUGAAAAUUGUGAUGCAAAAAUCAUCAAUCAUUCCCACUAAUCGUGAAUCAUAUCGUAAUAUCUGUCAAAUGACUUUAAACUUUAAUCGCAAUAUGAUGUUUUUUUAGCAUAUCGUGCAGCCCUAGUAUAAAAUGUUGUAAGAAGAUUCAGGAGCUGUUCAAAAAUGUCUGAGUUGUGUGACAUCCUACACCUAGUGUUUGCUAUAUGAACUCAAAACAUAAAUAACGGAAAGCUGUUGUUUUAUCAGUCACAUCAAAUGUAAUGUGUACGACUGCCUUUUCAGUGUGUGACUCUGUGCCAGCGAAGUUAGACUGAUUGUAAAUGUAAUAGCAUUGUACGGUCUAGUGUUUUAUUUACAGAACAUCAGAGCUAUUAACUUAGAAGCAAACAUCUGCACAAAUUCUAAAAUUAGAAUCAGAUAGUGCCAUUUUAUAACUUGUAAUACAAGCUUUUCUUUGCAUCAGUUUUGAUGAAGCAGCUUCAUCAAUAGCAGAUGUAUGCAGUAUAUUUGAUAAAGUAGGAAAUCCUUGAUAGCCUUUACUUUGCCUUGUUUCUUCAUCUCCUUCAUUCCUUCCCUUAUCUCCUUUAACAGUGCAGGAAGACGUUUUUGAUAAGGAAGUUUCCUAAAUGAGGCAAAUGACCCAGAAAUAUCAACGUGGCAGCCACACAGACUGAUUGAACUCUCUAAAUGAUUAGGGAAGGUGCUUCAUUUCUCUUCUCCUUUAGAAAAACAGGACAAUCUCUUACGAUAAAGAUUGCUGGCCCACAAUUUUCUGCUACAGCCGUACUUAGAUGACAACUAACCUUUUAUAGUCUAUGCAACCAACUCAUGCAUUUUCAGUGGCUGUCCAGGAAUAAAUACAGUAGCCUACUGUAAAUGCAGUCAGAUUCUGUUGGUACUGUGGCUGUCUUGUCCUAACUUGUGAUUUUGCAACAUAUUUCAGACUUUGCUUGGCAUUCUCCAUCAGGAUCAAUUAAAAGUAGUUAGGAAUGGAAAACGGGUGUAAUUGUUGAACUUCCAGCCUUCCUGCUGGUAGGAUAGCAGUGGAAGUGAGGGAGGAAUGAAUAAAUUGACGUGUUUGGCUUUGCUUAUUGCCCAUGUGAUCUUUCCCUCUGUAGUGUUUCUCCUGUAGUAUGACAGAAUAUACAGUAUGAGCACACUUUGACCCAUGCAGUUAUUCUGCCUUCUCUUUAAAUGUUUAAAUUUAAACUUUAAAUGUGCCUGAAUGACUUUGACACUUUUGGAAUUUGUUGUACUGCACCAUUUGACAUGUUUUGGGAUUACAGUUUCUGUGUAAUGAAAAUUGAUUAGUAUUGGUACAAACCCAAGAGUUUUGCACUGGAUACUCAUAAGGGACAGUUCAGUCACUGAUCAUUUAGAGGGUUUCAUGAUAGCCAGAGUGCAAAAUCUAAAUGUCACCUUGUGAAUAAACUCUGUUCAGUAGAAA